AUGAGGCGAAAGAAACUUACAGAAGGACCUCUAAACCACGAACUUGCCUGCAAGCUCAAUUAUUACAACAUGCAGUUCAGCUCUCUCACUUUCGCUGUCCUCCUCUGCGCAGCUUCAGGCGCUCUUGCCCAGAACCAGCCAAGAGACAAGUACAAGUGCUAUGUGCCUUUCGAUACUUGCAGCAAGCCCAUCCCAGCGGAGCUGAAGGCAUCAAUGGCCAAGGAAUUCGGAACCCGCAGCCAAUGCAGAACAACAGAAGUUGUGUACUACGGCGCCCCCGACGCCGCGAUUGAGGGCGUGUACUGCGAGCCUGGACCCGUUCGUGGCAUGGGCGGAUUGUUCCGCUACAGCGUCGGUCGCGUUUCUACCGAGUGCCACGCGAAGUGCGAGAUCUGGGGCUAG